GCCCUUCAGAACCGGAAGCCUCCCCUCUAAGCUGAGGAGGAGAAAAGGGGGGAAGGGGCGCGCGCAGGCGGGCUCUGCGCGUAUCGCCAGAAGCAACGGAGGUACCUCCAAUAAUCCCACAGGUCGAGGAGCCGGCCGUCCGCCUCCGCUUCCCCCUAAGGCUGAGGCGAGGAGAAAGCCGCCCUUCUCCCUCCCCCUUUCUGACAGUUGCGAAGUGAGGCGGAGCUGAAAGAAGCAGAGAGGAGCCUCCACCGCCGCCUGCCCCGCUUGGACACGUUUUGCUGCCUCCUUGGCAGCGCGAGCUGUCUUGGAGGCAGCCAGGUGGCCUGCGGGGUCAGGCCGCCUUGCUUUCGGGGCCGCCCAGGCGGGAAAGCGUCCCUUCGCCGCCUCGAGAGACUACUGCAGCCCGCUGCGGGGAUGUGCCAUUGCCAUGGCGAGGAGGCUCUUCGCGGGGGCCUGGCUCAGGAAGCCCUACUACAGCCAGGUUCGAUUCUCUUACAUACGGAUGAAGUAUCUCUUCUUCUCUUGGCUAGGAGUAUUUAUUGGCAGCUGGAUUAUUUAUGUUCAGUACUCAUCUUACACAGAACUUUGCAGAGGGCAUGACUGCAAGAAAAUAAUAGUGGCGACAGACAAGGUUUCAGGGAAGCUGAGUUCUACUCUCUCAUGGGUGAAGAACACUGCCAGUCAAAUGGCCAGUCAGGUGGCAAGUCCAUCUGCUUCAUUACACACUACAUCCUCCUCUACCACACUCUCUACUCCAGCAUUGUCUCCAUCGUCACCAGGAGAAUUGAGUCCCGAUGACUUACAAUUAUUGGCUAAAUUAGAAGAACAAAAUAGGUUGUUGGAGACUGACAGCAAAUUACUGCGAUCAGUAAAUGAGUCAAGAAGAAACAGUGGCUCCUCACUUGUUUCUAGUUCAUCAGCUUCUAGCAACCUCAGCCAUCUUGAAGAAGAUUCCUGGAUCCUUUGGGGAAGAAUUGUAAAUGAGUGGGAAGAUGUACGCAAAAAGAAAGAGAAGCAAGUUAAGGAACUGGUUCGAAAAGGGAUACCCCAUCAUUUCCGAGCAAUAGUUUGGCAGCUUUUAUGCACGGCUCAAAAUAUGACAAUUAAGGAUCAAUAUUCAGAACUUUUGAAAAUGACUUCACCUUGCGAAAAGCUUAUAAGAAGAGACAUUGCUAGAACAUACCCUGAACAUGAUUUUUUUAAAGAAAAAGACAGUCUUGGGCAGGAGGUUUUAUUUAAUGUAAUGAAGGCAUAUUCGCUAGUGGACCGUGAGGUUGGUUACUGUCAAGGAAGUGCUUUUAUUGUUGGAUUGCUUCUUAUGCAGAUGCCAGAGGAGGAAGCAUUCUGUGUGUUUGUUAAAUUAAUGCAAGAUUAUCGACUUCGAGAACUGUUCAAACCAAGUAUGGCUGAGCUGGGCCUUUGUAUGUAUCAGUUUGAAAGUAUGAUACAGGAGCAGCUGCCAGAGCUAUAUAUGCAUUUCCAGGCCCAGAGUUUCCAUACCUCUAUGUAUGCAUCAUCGUGGUUCUUAACUAUUUUUCUUACAACUUUCCCGUUACCAAUUGCAACAAGAAUAUUUGAUAUCUUUAUGUCUGAGGGUUUAGAGAUCGUGUUUCGGGUUGGCUUAGCACUACUCCAAAUGAAUCAAGCAGAAUUAAUGCAACUUGACAUGGAAGGGAUGUUACAGCAUUUUCAAAAGGUCGUUCCACAUCAGUUUGACUGUGGGCCAGACAAGUUAAUCCAAGCAGCUUAUCAGCUCAAAUACAAUGCAAAAAAGAUGAAGAAGCUAGAAAAAGAAUAUACUACUAUAAAAACAAAAGAAAUGGAAGAACAAGUUGAAAUUAAAAGAUUGCGAACAGAAAACAGACUUUUAAAACAGCGCAUUGAAACACUAGAAAAAGAAAGUGCUUCCUUGGCAGAUAGAUUGAUACAGGGACAAGUGACAAGGGCCCAGGAGGCUGAGGAAAACUACCUCAUAAAACGGGAGCUGGCCACCAUCAAACAGCAGAGUGAUGAGGUCAUUACUAAACUGGAGCAAGCUGAGAAUACCAUCAGGGAGCUCCAGCAGCAGCAACAACGGCACAAGUGCAAUCCUCGCUAUAGUGAAGACUUCAUCCUGCAGUUGGAAAAAGAGUUGGUGCAAGCAAGACUGAGUGAAGCAGAAUCCCACUGUGCCUUGAAGGAAAUGCAAGAUAAGGUUCUUGAGAUGGAAAAGAGGAAUAGCUCUUUCCCAGAUGAGAAUAAUAUUGUUAGACUUCAAGAAGAAUUGAUUGCAGUGAAACUAAGAGAAGCAGAAGCUGUGAUGGGUCUAAAAGAACUUAGGCAACAAGUUAAAGAUUUGGAAGAACAUUGGCAGCGUCAUUUAGUUCGCACAACUGGAAGAUGGAAAGAUCCACCCAAAAAGAACACUGUAAAUGAAUUGCAAGAUGAACUUAUGACAGUCAGACUUAGAGAAGCAGAAACACAAGCGGAGUUGAAAGAGGUGAAACAAAGGAUGAUGGAAAUGGAAACACGGAACCAGAUAAAUAGCAACCAUUUGCGAAGGGCAGAGCAAGAGAUUGCCAAUCUGCAAGGGAAGGUCCAGUAUCUGUCUGCUCAAAACAAAGGACUUCUGACUCAGCUAACUGAAUCAAAGCGAAAGCAAGCGGAGAUUGAAUGCAAGAAUAAAGAAGAAGUAAUGGCUGUAAGACUCCGAGAGGCAGAUAGCAUAGCAGUUGUGGCAGAACUCCAGCAACAUAUUGCAGAACUAGAAAUCCAGAAAGAAGAAGGGAAAAUUCAGGGGCAGCUUAAUAAUUCCGACUCAAGUCAGUAUAUCAGAGAACUGAAAGAUCAGAUAGCAGAGCUGAAUCAUGAGAUCAGAUGCCUAAAAGGCAAGAAAACCUUUUCAGGCCCAUGCACUUUUGAUGGGAUUCAUAUUGUGAACCAUUUGAUAGGAGAUGAUGAGUCAUUGCAUUCGUCUGAUGAAGAUUUUAUAUCAAACCAUAUUCAGGAGGCUGGAGUCCAUUUUCACUUGCCUGGGAGGACUGGUCAGAUGGACUUGAAUCCAACUGUGGCAGACAGUAGUGACAGCGAUACUGAAAUAUCAGAUGUAAUCAUUCAGAAAGAAAAUAACCAAAAAAGAGUGGAGUCUUAUUCUACUACUGUAUGAUCACUGUGAAUGGUAUUGGCCUUCAUUCUCAAGGAGCUUAUUCCAUGAUCAAGAGAAUUCAAACAAAAAAAGCUCUUGGACUGACUAGCUUUUGCAUCUUACUGAUGCAUGAUGUGUUGCAUCUUCCUUUCUGUCUCUGUAUUUGCCAAAUCUUUAUCCCCAACUUGUUGUUGCCAUAGAGUAGACUAGGAAGAGGUUGGAUACGUGAUGGAUGACAGUAUUAAUAUUUCUUGUAUGCUUCUCAUGCUAGAAAAUGCACACUCAAUUUCUUCCUACGCAAAGACCAUACAGCAGUUUAUGAACAUGGGUAAUUCUUAGUCUUCAAAAGAAAAUUAUUCUUGUGCAAUAUUUUAAUGCUCUGUGAACAUAUGUUUUCUUUUUACAAAACAGUUUGUGAUCAAGAUGGCUAUAUCAGAUAUGGCAUUUAUCUGAUCAUCUUGAGUAUCUUAUUUUUAAUUAAAAUGACCUAUUGUUGGAGACCCUUAAAGUUUCCGAUCUAAAGCCUUUACUUGUGCUAUUUUAUACAAUAAUGGUGACACUUUGUUCUAAAGGAUUUACAAAAAACUUUCGUCAACUUUUAUGUGCGUCUGCUUUUGACAUGUUAAUGGACCUGAUCAGAGUAUGUUAACUACAAAUAAUGUCUAUUUUGUAUAUAUUUAUAUAUCUCUGGCCCUGCCUAAAAAUGUACAUUGAAUUUUGUAUGGAAAGUGUAAAUGUUGACUGGUCUUAGCAUUUUAAAAGUUAAUGAAAUUCUGUGUAAAGCAAGUAAAAUUUAAAAUGUUUAUGGGAAAAAUGCAAAACACUAAUUCUAGGGUUAAGACUUCUGCUUACCAAAUGACCCACAGGUUCAUGUCCUACUGAAAUGUGUUCCAAAUGACACUAUUGACUGAAAUUUUAACUUUGUGUAUAUGUAACUAUAUAAUAAACUUUUUUCAUGAUUUCAUAGAUACUAAA